AAACAUUUUCUAAGGUGAUCAAAUUAUCCACAAUCACACCCCCUUUUGGUUGGCUAUUGCACAAUCUCCAUUCGGUAGGCCAACUGAGCAAGGUUUUAUUGCUUCCAAAUUUUCAAGACACUUCUUAUCACCGGUCAUAUGUUGACUGGCUCCACUAUCAAUGAUCCAAGAAGUGUUAGUCAUACCUGAAAAUUUACUUUCCAUACCCGAAUCCUUCUCGUUUAAGAGUCCCAUAAGUGCAUUCCAUUGAUUGGUUGUGAGAGAAGGGAGAUUCGGUUGAUGGAGCGCACGUCCCCCAUCCGUUGCGUUGGCCUGAGCCGUGUGUGCCGCCGGUCCGCUUGCUGGACCGCCACCAGCUCCGCCGCGGUUACCUCGGCCGGCGUUGCCCCCCCUGCCGCCGCGCCGUCCCCCAGUGUUGUUGCCGCGGCCACUACCUCGUCCCGGAUCCUUAGUUGCGUCACGGUCAAAUUUGGAGGUGACGACAAAGCCCACCGGGUUACGUUCCUCUUCUUGAGUAGUCUUCAAGACCCCUUCCUGCUGGAUGAUGGUGGAGUAUACGCGAUUCAGUGGUGGCAAGGGUUCUGUGGCAAUGAUGUUAGAUCGUAGACUCCCAUAUCCUUCGUUAUCCAAUCCCAUUAGAAAUUGGUGAACCUUUUCUUUGUCGCGUUGGAUGGCAAGCGCUUUGCAAGCGGGGAUUUUUUCAUGGCACUUGCAAGCGGGGAUUUUUUCAUGAUCGCCGAGUUCGUCCCAUAUGGUUUUUAAU